UGAUUCACCGUGCUCGUGCGCGUUUAUUGAAGAGCAGACGACAACAGGACAAACGUAGGGCCUUUGUCACGUAGAUAAACCAUUUGGGUGAGCAUACCUGUACGUUGUUUAUACGUAUCCAUAUUAGUUCAGUAAAGGAAUGAACACAAACGAUGGCAGGUGAAUAACAGUUUUCUCAGACACUAUAUUUACAAUAAUGAAUGUAUAGAUACUAAAUGAGUCAGGGAUGAGCCACAGAAAAUGGUCUACUCUACUCUGCUGACCAUCUUCUUCCUAUCAGCAUGGUUGGAAUCGCUCUGCUGGGGGAGCUGCCCUUCAAAUUGCCUCUGCAACAAAGACGCUAUAUCAUGCAAAUACCUGGAGAAAAAUUACACAACUCGAUUGGUGAAUGUGACAAAAGAAACUGCUAUGAAUACAGUCCACCUAACAGUUCGCGCUCAAAUGCUCACCGCCUCGUACCAAAGAUUCUUGGUGAUAGUGCGUCGGACAGAUAUUUUGACUACGGGACGGAGUUAUAUAGAACUUGAACACUUUUCUAAUCUAGAAACAUUAACAAUCAUCACAAGCCGUCGGUUCUUCAUUGAAAUAAUCGGAUAUGGUGCAUUUUCUCAUCUCAGAAAACUUAAUCGUUUAGUUAUACGGGAAGAAAGGCCAGAAAAUCAUAAUGGCUAUUUUGAUCCCACUCGUAUAAUUGAGUAUCCGGCGUUUGGGCAUUUUCCUCAAUUAGAAUAUCUUAAUAUUCAUUUGCCAGCGUUUGAGUACGGGACCCAGACGUUAAAAUAUCAACCUUUUCAUCGGUGGCCAUGGGGAGUAAACGCAUCUUUUCCUCGUUUACGAACGUUUGAUAUAUCAAUGAAUAUUACAGUGUCAAAUCCAUGUGACGCUUUCUUUAAGCCCUUUUUGAACGCCACUUACUUGGAUCUUCAUCAAACUUUCAUAUCUAACACCCAUAACUACAGCCUGGGAUGCUUCGAGCAUCUUGAAUCGCUUACCAUGGGAAAGUCUUUGGAUGUCAUUGGUGUUCUGAAUAGCAUCCCUGGUAACACUCUGAGGUCUUUACACCUCAACUCAGUGGAGUUAAAAGACACUAAAGAUUGCGCUUUGCACCACAGACUUAAAACUUUGACGGCUUUUAAUGUGCUGCCGAACGCAGACAUGUUACUGAAAUGUAUGCAGAUUCAAGUUGAGCUAGAAACUCUAAUACUGAAAAACAGUAAUAUUCGAAAAUUAAGAAGGAAAGAUUUAAAAAAAUUUACAAACUUAAAGGUUUUAGUUUUAGCUUAUAACUCUAUAUCUACUGGUUUCGACAGAGAAAACAGAAGUGAACUCGUCGCACUCACAAACAAAACGGUGCCAAAUCUUAAUUUCUUGGAUCUGAGUUACAAUGAAAUAACGUCUAUUUCGGAGUUAAUUACAACCGAUCUAAUUCGACUUGAGAUUAUGAACGUCAGUCACAACUACUUGCAAGCUCUGGAUUUGAAUGAAAUUGUUGGAUACAGAUCCUUGCGAGAAUUAUUUCUCAGUUUCAACUCAAUUCGAUCCGUUAUCAUGAAGGAACCGGCACUGUCUAAGGUGCCCAGUCUUUGGAGACUGGAUUUGGGACAUAAUCUUCUCGAAGACAUCCCACGUCUGUUAAAUGUAACGUUUCCGAAUUUACAACGACUUAAUGUUGAGGAUAACAAAAUAUCCACUGUGUCCAGUGAACUUGUUGCUUGGAAAAACAUUCGCUAUCUUAAUGUCAAAAAUAAUCUGCUAACCCGUUUGGAUCCGGGGUUCUUUGACCACUUGGACUUUAUAAACUUAGCUGAAAAUGAAAUCAAAGAUGUUUCCUUCUUGUCCUAUCUCUCAGGUGCAGAGAACCUACGCCUGUCACUGAGAGAUAAUCACAUACAGUGCGACUGUGAAACCAUAGCCACUUUACACGCUCUGCGACAGUUCGGGUUUUUGCAGGAUCUAACUUUGACGUGUGAUGGAAAUUCUGCACUCAGAAACGUCAACAUUUUACAUUAUGAAACUGUUAUUCGAAAAGUAUCCUGUGAGCACCAUAGGGACUGUUUUAGGAACUGUAGAUGUUUCAGAACGAAGGAAGGCAAGGCAUUAGUUCAUACUGCCAACUGUAGCGAUAGUCAACUUACGGGCUUUCCUGCUUCCCUGCCUUUAUCUACGAAGCGACUUUAUGUUAAUAGAAACCAAGUGGAAACUUUUCCGUCAACGACAUUGUUUUCUGAUCUACAGGAAUUACAGGCCGCAGACAACAACAUUGGAUCUAUUUCUAAUAGCAGUUUUACAGCGUUUCCAAAACUUCAAUAUAUCAAUUUGGACAGAAAUGGCAUAGCUGAAGUGGUUGUAGGAACAUUUGACAGUCUUCUUUUUUUGUCGAUGGUUAGUCUGAAAGGUAACAGUUUGCAUUGUGAUUGCUCUCAGCGUUGGAUACAAGACUGGAUAAUAAAACGAAAUUUAACAUUCAUAGCCACCUGCAACGACACUACACUCACAAACUUCGAUUUCACUGAACAAUGUGACAAAACGAAAUUCAUACUUAACGUUGUCGCUCUUGCUGUUGUAUUGGUUGUGCUGGCUGUGUUUAUUGCGUUAGUCGCUAUCACGUUUUUCUACAGAACUGAGGUAGAAGUACUUAUUUACAAUCGUUAUAAGCAAUUUUCACGCGAUGACAGCGACACGGACAAGGAUUAUGACAUUUUCAUAUCAUACAGCAAUGACGACAGUGUCUUUGUUCGCAAUGUUAUUAUACAGAAAAUGGAAACAGAAUGGGGAUACAAAUUAUGCAUUCACGAGCGGGAUUUUUUGCCAGGCGAAUAUAUAGCUGAUAACAUAGCAAACGCAGUUGAAAAAAGUCGCCGGACGCUGACAUUAUUGUCUGAUUCCUAUCUUCACAGUGAAUGGUGUGUGUUUGAGUUUGCAAUGGCACACCAGCAGAGUCUGAAAGAUCGGUGUAGACGAUUGGUUGUUGUGAAAUUGUCAGAUCUCGAUUCAAAUCUUUUGGCAAAAGAAAACAUGGUAGGUAUUUACUUAAAAACUAACACAUUUCUCCACAAAGGCUGUACAAUGUUUUGGGAGAAAGUUCGAGGCACCUUGCCGGCCAAACCUUUGAAGCAUUUAAAAUUAAAUGUUGAUAAAAUGUAGUUGACUAAAUUUCUUUGUAUAUUGCAUUUAGGGAUAAUAUAGAGUUCCAAUAGAGGAGGGAUGCGUAUUGGCAGACGGAGAAAAUACCUUCCAGUAAACAUUUUCUUCUAUUGAAAUGCAUCAACUGAUCUUAAAAACAGAUUUCAUGUAUCAAAAAUUGUUUUAAUUUUAAUACUAUGACUCUCAGAAAGAAUAACUCACAAGUGUUUGAAGACCUCAUGUCAACUUUCUGCACUACGUCUAAUACAUAAAUGUAACAAGUCCAGUGAUAAAUAAAAUCUUUAUUGAGCAUAUAAAGAUAUACAUUUAAAUGCUCCUUUACCUCGUUUACCGUUUUUAUGUUGUGUUUUUUAUGUCUAAUUUUUCACUUUCCAAGCUGAUUAUUGUUGACUGCUAAUAGUAGAGGAAAGUGAAUGAGUUCUUUGUUUUACCAUUUAAUGGACAGAAGAUUGGUUAAAAUAUAUAACUUAAAAAUAAAAGUUGCAAUCAUAAUGAUUUUUAAUUUAAAAUCACAGAUCAUUAAAAAAAAGGUUAUAUCUACAACCAAGUGUCAACAUCAGAGACUGGGACAGUUUAUCUUGCAUUGUUUAGCAGCAGCAAGUAUCACAUUGUUUUGGGUCAUUUCCUAGUUGGCCACUGCUUCAUUUGUCUCCAAAUUCCGUGCUUAUUUAUUUAUUACUCAUAACUCUUCGUGUUAACACACAAAAAUGUUCCUGCUUCUAAGAGUGAAGUCUACUCAGCUUACAUCUUUGUUAUGAAAACC